AUCAUAUGAGAUGCGUACUUCGAGCCCGAUACGUCAGUGUACUUCCAUUUGUCGUAGAGAGUGGACGUGGUCUACUCUCGUUGUCAGUUUUUGUUUGAAGUAGAUAACUACGUGGUAGUUAUCAAUUUAUAUAACUACGUAGUAGUUAUAUUUUCGUUUAUGUUGUUUUUCGUUACGAGGUAACGAAGUACCUUUUCUCCAGGUGGCUGGUGAAUAUUGUGACUUUGGUUUUGAGACUAUAAGUGUGAAAAAAUGGCGGGUGUCACGGAACGAGACCGCGCUGAAAAAGAGAAAACAAAGACAAAUGAAUCGUCUAGUAGACGUUCCUCUAAGAAGUCUAUUGAGAAAAAAGUUACAAAUGAAGAAUGUGGUAGCUCUGUGUUAGAGAAUACCAAUAAUGAGGAACGUACGGUAGGUAACAUGUCGAAUUCACCUGUCGUUCCAGUUCCUACUCCCGGUAUGACAGAGGUUAUGACUUUGUUAAAGUCAAUUAAAGAAAACCAAGAUAGUCAAGACCGGAAAAUUGAAAAGAUGAACAAUAGAGUUGAUGAACUUUAUUACGGUGACAUUAACGAAAUGGAAGAAGAAUUGUUAAUGACGCCUACAAAUCAGUCUGAUGUUGAGGGUGAAAGUGAACCUCCUUGUAAAAAACGUAAAGAGGAAGGAGAAACCUCUAGAUUUAGACAACUGGGUGUAAAGUAUAAAGUAAAGGAAGACUGUGACGAAAAUGUAGAUGAGGAAUUGGCCUCAAUGAUUAAUGAACUUUUUAGAGAAGGUCUUAAUGAGGACUAUUUUAAUGAAUUGUUGAAAAGUAUCAAAAGACCUGAAAAUUGUACAGCUCUGAUUAAAACAAGAGUGAACCAAGCUAUGUGGAGCAUUCUCAAUCCAGAGACUCGGAAUUGCGAUUCAAAAUUUCAGAUUAUUCAAUCUGCUGUAAUUAAAGCUUCGGUGAAUUUGACAAAGUUGGCUAAUAAACUGAAUGAAAUUGAUUCAGAAGUCAUAGAUCAUUUGAUAACUUUGGCCACAGAUGCGUUAGCUCUUCUAGGGCACACCAACAAACUUAUAAAUGUUAAACGCAAGGAACUCCAUAGACCUGAUUUAGGCAGAGAGUACUACCAUCUUAGUUCACCUUCUCUACCUUUCUCAGAAUUUCUUUAUGGAGAUGAUGUGGCAAAAUCUGUUAAAGAAAUCCAAGAUGUAAACAGGAUAAGCAGUAAAGUGCAUGGAAAAUUUCAUAGAGGAAAUUUCCGACCGUUUAGGGCACGGGGACGUCCCUAUGGUAGAGGAACAUUAGGACGACCAAGGAACCAAAGAACUACUAGUAGUUGGGGUCGAUGGUCAAACAGCUCUACCUCUAAAGACAGUUCAAAAAACUCGAAAGGGGAGCGCAGCUCCAACAAAUAGAUGAAGAGUCUAAUCAGCAGAACACUACAGAAGGUGAGGACAGACCAAGCAGAGUGUUUGAUUGUGGUACCACUAUGGCCAACACAGUGCUGGUACCCGGUGCUAAUGGAUUUGUUAAUACGAACUCCAGUGAUUCUUCCGAG